AUGGAAACGCCAGCCAACAGUGGAAGACAUGCUGUGCCUUUGAAUUUUUUCAACUGGACUGCUACACAUCUAUUUUCCUCUGAUGUGAUAUUCAAGUAUGGUGUGUUCUACCUUUCGGCAAAAGAAGCUGAGCUCAAAGGUUUCAAGUUCGUUGACUACCACAUUGACGAAUCUAAACUCUUCAAAAAGAGAAAGUCUGGCAUUUUUGGCUUGAUAUCCAAUUGUCAAACGGCCUCUAAACGUGAAAUGGCAAUCAAAGAAUUGUCAAAAUACAUAAAUAUCACCAUUGGUGGGAAGUGCGCCUUGGAUCCAAAGGACAUGAAUAUCUGUCCGCUAGGUGAACGCUGUGUUGAGCUUUUCGAACAGUAUCCGUUCUAUUUUGCCAUCGAGAACUCGGUAAGCUUUUUACAUCUGCAUUUCUUCUCCUUAACUCAGUAUAAUUGGAUUCAUUGAAA